AUAACAACCAACCCGACUGUUUUACCUCCACUCAACUGCCACCCAUAGUCUAAUGAAAAGCACUAAAGUGCAAACCCUCGGCGCACUAGAAACACGCGCAUGUAAUACUCCAUAAUUAUGCGCGUGUAGGUCGGAACCGGUAAUUGAUGGAGUGGGCUACACUAUCGUGGUCUCUCGCUAGAUCUUGUAGAGAGGGGGGCAGUGGUUAGCUAGACUAGUAGAUGGCAGUUUAGGCAGACAGAAUGCAAACAGGCAGUAUGCCAGUUUAAUUGGUAACCGGUGUUGUUGUGCACAACCACUUUGUCCCUACUGCCUAAUACACCUACGAACGAACAACAGUUGUUCUCAUUAUUUUAUCUGCUGAUGUGCUACGUGUGCAUGUCAAUGUGUGGGCAGAGUGGGUUGCCGAAUUGUACUUGUGCCACAUAUUUUGAAUUCCACUCGCCCCGUUGCCAGGACGACCCGGAGGACCUUCACUUCAGGAAGGGGGACGUGAUGUGGGUGUUGCGCAAGGACGAGGACGAGUGGUGGUUUGCACGGCACAGUGAUGGUAGAGAGGGAUCUAUACCAGUUCCUUAUGUAACAGUGGUGGAUGAUCAGAUUCAACAGCAGUCAUUUUUUGCCAGAGCUACAAUGGACAGAGAAUGUCCAUAUGACCCCACGGCACUCUCCUUUAAAGCUGGGGACAUGAUAAAAGUCACAAGGCAAAACGAGAACGGAAUGUGGGAAGGAGAAAUAAACAACAGAAGAGGACAUUUUCCCUUCAAACUCGUUGAAGUUGUAGAUAGUGCUAAUCAUCAGUGACCUUUGACCCCAGACCCCGCCCACUUUGAGGCCCGAGUUCAAUACAGUUCAUACAUGUACUUUGUCAUUUUUGCACCUCAGCCACCCUCUCUCUUGUUCUGUACAUACACAUACACAAGUAUUGCACACCACACCUUUUUUAUGAGUGAGCAGCCUACACCGUAACAAUAGCCGUUUGCUUUUCGCUAACUGUUGUAUAUAUGUACUGCAAUCACGUGUGCCAUAUUUUUUGUGAAGUGUAUAUAUUAUCUAUUGUACCGUACUGACGUGUAAUAUACAGUGAUAAUAGUUGGUGAAAUUGGGGCGUAGAUACACUAUAAUAGUUAUGUGUAUAUAGUAUGCAGUUGAGUGUGUGCAUGACGAUCGAGGGAGGAGAAGGGGAUAGACAUCCUCUUGUCCCAUUGUUAAUGUGUGCGAAUUGAAAAAGGAAAAAGAUGAGAGAGGUAGAGGUAUAUAACAUGAGCUAAAAUUAUUCCUCUGUUGUAAAUUGAAACGGGGAGGAGGGAGGGCCAAGAACGACGUUUGGACGUCUUUCAAGUCACUCUGCAGUUUCCUCUUGUUCAGGACGGGAUCAAAAUCCUCCGCUGGCCCUCUGCAUCUCUUUUGCCUUGCUGCAGUGAUCCUUGUACCAGGCGGCAAACUCGUACCAGUCCUCUCGGCUUGAAAACUCAAACUCUGUGUUCAGCCCAUCCGGCUGUACUGACCUCAUUCGAGCGAUCAUUUUUGCCCGUUCCAGGUCUAGUCUGUCGGGGUUUUGAACUGCAACAAGCCUCACAUACCUGCAUAACACAGUAUAUAGCUGCAUAUCCAGUAUAGAACUUCUUAUACUACAAUGGAACCUCCAAACAAGGGACACUAUGGAAAAGGGGAUAGGCAUCAUUUUGGACCUUUUAGAGAGGUCGUCCCUAUCUCGGAGGUCGAAUACUACACUAAAGUAUUAGCAUGGGGUUAAAACAAGUGUGCUUUGUAGAGAGGCCGUCCCUAUCUCGGAGGGUCCCUUACUGGAGGUUCCUCUGUGGUUAAUUAAUGUAAGAGGAAUGUGUUGAGCUGCUAAUAAGGCACGAGGUGUGGCCAAGUACACAUCGAUACGCAUUCAGAUUAUUUAUACAUAUUAUCCAGUAGUGUACUGUGGG